GCAGACCCAUCCCUAGUUAGCGUGCUAGUUUUGUUUUCAAUUUCCUUCAAACGUUUUGUGUGACGGUGAAAUUAUAUUUGUGGAAAAUUUGCUGCUGUCCACCAUGGAGGAGUUGCAGCAAUUGGAGUACCUGUCGUUGGUCUCGAAAAUCUGCACAGAGCUCGACAAUCACUUGGGCAUAAAUGACAAAGACUUGGCCGAGUUCAUCAUCGAUUUAGAGGAGAAGCAUCGCAGCUAUGAAUCUUUUCGCAAGGCUCUGCUCGACAAUGGUGCCGAAUUUCCCGAUUCGCUUGUGCAAAACUUGCAGCGCAUCAUCAAUUUAAUGCGACCCACACGAGCAGGCGGCGAUGCAAAAUCUGGAAAUAGUGAAGACUUUAAAAAGUCUGAUAAAAAGUCACAGCUAAUGAAAAUGUUUCCUGGCUUGGCGUUACCAAAUGACAAAUACAGCAACAAGAACGAGGACCUGGAGGACAAGAAAGACGAGGAGCGCAAAGAAUCCAAGAACAAACAGAUUUUCAAAAACACCGAAAUGAGCGAUGUGGAUGCAGCUAUGCUGGAAUUGGAGGCUCUGGCGCCUGGAGAGAAUACAAUGGAGCGGAAUGAAGUCAAAGAGAGCAAGAGGAGGCAAAGAUCCAGCUCAAGAGAGCGUCACAGGCGCAAAGAUCGCGAGCGUAGUCGAAAUAGAGAGAAGAACAGGAGCAGAGAGCGGGGAAAGGAUAGUGAUCGAGACAGGGAUCGCUAUAGGGAUCGAGAUCGGAAUGAAGAUCGUGAUCGCGAUCGUGAGAGGGAUAGAGAUGGCGAUAGGGAGCGAGAUAGAGAUCGUGAUCGUGAUAGGGAACACCGUCGACAUCGCAGCAGAUCCCGCGAAGAUCGCGAUCGUCGCAGGCGUCGCUCCAGUUCUCGAGAUCGCCACGAUCAAAGAAGAAAACGUUCCCGAUCUCGCGACAGAGAUCGCAGCAGUCGGCAUCAACAAGAGCAGGAGAAGAUGCCGCCACCGGCGGCUGCAAUGUCCGAUGAUCCUGAGGCGGGCAAAAUCUACUCGGGCAAGGUGGCCAACAUAGUGCCGUUUGGAUGCUUUGUGCAAUUAUUCGGACUGCGCAAACGCUGGGAGGGAUUGGUGCACAUUUCGCAGCUACGAGCCGAGGGUCGUGUCACCGACGUCACCGAAGUGGUGGCUCGGAAUCAGACUGUCAAAGUAAAAGUCAUGUCCUUAACUGGACAAAAGGUAUCGCUCUCCAUGAAGGAGGUGGAUCAGGAUAGUGGACGCGAUCUGAAUCCAUUAUCACAUGCCCCUGAGGAGGAUGAAAUGUCAUUGCGAGAUCGCAAUCCGGAUGGGCCAUUCGCCAGCACCUCAUCCAUACUCAAUUUGCAGGGCCAGAACAUUGAUGGCGAUGAACAUGAAUCGCGCAAGCGGGUGACGCGCAUUUCGAGUCCCGAGCGUUGGGAGAUCAAGCAAAUGAUUAGCUCUGGUGUUCUGGAUCGCAGUGAAAUGCCCGAUUUCGAUGAAGAGACGGGUUUGCUGCCGAAGGAUGAGGAUGAUGAGGCAGACAUUGAAAUCGAAAUUGUGGAAGAGGAGCCGCCCUUCCUCUCAGGCCAUGGACGAGCGCUCCACGACUUGUCGCCUGUGCGUAUUGUCAAGAACCCCGAUGGUUCGCUAGCCCAAGCGGCUAUGAUGCAGUCUGCGCUCUCCAAGGAGCGUCGCGAACAGAAAAUGCUGCAGCGCGAACAGGAAAUGGAAGCAGUGCCUAGCAAUCUCAACAAGAACUGGAUUGAUCCGCUACCCGAGGACGACAGCUCACGCCAUUUGGCAGCCAACAUGCGUGGCAUGGGCGCCGCCCCACAGGAGGUGCCCGAGUGGAAAAAGCAUGUGAUUGGCGGCAAGAAAUCCUCAUUCGGCAAGAAAACAGAUUUGACCCUGGUGGAGCAGCGACAAUCGUUACCCAUAUACAAGCUGCGCGACGAUCUCAUCAAGGCGGUAACUGACAAUCAAAUACUGAUUGUCAUCGGUGAGACGGGCUCCGGCAAAACAACCCAGAUUACACAGUAUCUGGGUGAAUGCGGCUUCACGGCCAGGGGCAAGAUUGGCUGCACGCAGCCGCGUCGUGUCGCAGCCAUGUCGGUGGCAAAGCGCGUAGCUGAGGAGUACGGUUGUCGUCUUGGGCAGGAGGUGGGAUACACGAUACGUUUCGAGGAUUGCACUAGUCCCGAGACGGUCAUCAAGUACAUGACAGAUGGUAUGUUGUUACGCGAGUGUCUCAUGGAGGCGGAGCUGAAGACCUACUCGGUCAUCAUGUUGGACGAGGCUCACGAGCGUACCAUACACACGGAUGUGCUCUUCGGACUACUGAAGACGGCGGUGCAAAAGCGACCCGAACUCAAGCUGAUUGUGACGUCGGCCACAUUGGAUGCGGUGAAGUUCUCGCAGUACUUCUUUGAGGCGCCCAUUUUCACUAUACCGGGUCGCACAUUUCCGGUGGAGGUGCUGUACACUAAGGAGCCCGAAACCGACUAUUUAGAUGCCUCGCUGAUUACCGUCAUGCAAAUCCAUCUGCGUGAGCCGCCUGGCGAUAUCCUGUUGUUCCUUACGGGCCAGGAGGAGAUCGAUACCGCCUGUGAGAUCUUGUACGAGCGGAUGAAGAGCCUGGGUCCCGAUGUACCAGAGCUGAUCAUCCUGCCUGUGUAUUCCGCGCUGCCCUCGGAGAUGCAGACACGCAUCUUUGAUCCGGCGCCAGCUGGCAGUCGCAAAGUUGUGAUUGCCACAAAUAUUGCCGAGACUUCACUCACAAUCGAUGGUAUCUUCUAUGUAGUUGAUCCGGGAUUCGUCAAGCAAAAGGUCUACAACUCUAAGACAGGCAUGGACUCCCUGGUGGUCACUCCCAUUUCACAGGCAGCCGCCAAGCAGCGAGCUGGUCGUGCUGGACGAACUGGACCUGGAAAGUGCUAUCGUCUCUACACGGAGCGUGCGUAUCGGGAUGAAAUGCUCCCAACGCCAGUGCCGGAGAUACAGCGCACCAAUUUGGCCACGACGGUGCUGCAACUGAAGACAAUGGGCAUCAAUGAUUUGCUACAUUUUGAUUUCAUGGAUGCGCCGCCCGUGGAGUCAUUAGUCAUGGCUUUGGAGCAGUUGCAUUCGCUAUCGGCGCUGGAUGAUGAGGGUUUGUUGACCCGUCUGGGACGUCGCAUGGCCGAAUUUCCAUUGGAGCCGAAUCUGUCCAAGAUGCUAAUCAUGUCGGUAGCCCUACAAUGCUCCGAUGAGAUUCUGACCAUUGUCUCCAUGCUCAGCGUGCAGAAUGUAUUCUACAGACCCAAGGAUAAGCAGGCGCUGGCCGAUCAGAAGAAGGCCAAAUUCAACCAAGCGGAAGGUGACCAUCUAACGCUGCUUGCUGUUUACAACAGCUGGAAGAACAACAAAUUCUCGAAUGCCUGGUGCUACGAGAAUUUUGUACAGAUCCGAACGCUGAAACGGUCGCAGGAUGUGCGCAAACAGCUGCUCGGCAUCAUGGAUCGGCACAAGCUGGACGUCGUAUCGGCUGGCAAGAAUUCAGUGCGCAUUCAGAAGGCCAUUUGCUCGGGUUUCUUCCGCAAUGCUGCCAAGAAAGAUCCUCAAGAGGGUUAUCGUACUUUGGUUGAUUCCCAAGUGGUAUACAUACAUCCAUCAAGUGCGCUAUUUAACAGGCAGCCGGAGUGGGUUAUAUAUCACGAGCUGGUACAGACAACUAAGGAGUACAUGCGUGAGGUAACUACAAUCGAUCCCAAAUGGCUAGUAGAGUUUGCGCCGUCAUUCUUCCGCUUCUCGGAUCCCACCAAACUCAGCAAGUUCAAGAAGAAUCAACGUUUGGAGCCGCUGUACAACAAAUAUGAGGAGCCCAAUGCUUGGCGCAUAUCGCGAGUACGACGGCGCCGCAAUUAA